AUGGCUAUGUACAAGUCCAGUGUUGCUGUCAGGCGCGGCUCAUGUUUGAUACCAGCAUCCAUGUGCUUAGUGCUGGUGAUCCUUGCUAGAAGAAGUCCGCUCCGGGCCAAAUUCCCGAAGCCAGUCACAGCAAUCCGAGCCCUCGAAGCUCCGUCGUCAUCUCUCCAACGCCUGCGGAUUCAAAUAUCCACUAUUCCGAGCACCACGGCAAUUUUCGCGCCUGGAGCGAGAACGCGUGCACCCGGAGCUUCAACUCCCUCUCUGGCGGCAAACAUGGGACACGCCACUAGAGCCCUCCUAGUCCACAUGGACUGA